UCAUGAUAUUUCCACUCCAUUUUCAUUACGAAGAUGUCUCACGUCAGGAUCCGUUGCUCAAACCGAAUCACGCCAACGUUAUGGAAGUUCCUGGAUCGUUUGAAAUCAGAUUAGUACCAUCAGCUGCCUUCAUUAUUCCAUUUUCUAAGUUCGCUAUGGAGAUGGAGUGCGGUCAGAGAUUCAUACAGAAACAAAGGAGCCCUUAUUUCCAAGCUGGAAAGGUCAAGUCGUUUCGAUCCAAUACUUUCUUGGGAUCUGAAAAAGACACUGCAUAUGUCAGUUACUUUGAACGACAAAGCGCUCUCCGAGGGCUUGGAAUGUCACAUUUGAUGGUCAGAAUCUCGAUGGUAAUGUCUAUAUUAGAUUCUAAGGUCGAAAUACGGGAAAACCCCAUCCAAUUCUCGAUGGAAACAGAGUUUUUCGAAUUCUCCCCGGAACUAGAAGAGCAUUUCGAGAUCUUCGAGCAUAUUAAAGGGUUCAAUGUGACUAUUGUGACUUCGGCCAACACAAAAGAUGAGACUUUACCAUUGUGGAGCGGCUUUUUGCUAAAAGAUUAAGGGGAGACUAAGUCAGAUGUCGGAGAAGCGAAAUAUACUUGAUCACAAACGUAGAUUGCUUGCGGCUAAAUAUGAAUUGAGACGAAAGCUUUAUAAAGCCUUUAGUAAGGAUUCCGAUCUUCCAUAUGAGAUGCGGGACAAGCUUCGUUAUAAGUUGUCCAUGUUGCCAAGAAAUAGUGCCUUUGCACGAAUAAGAAACCGAUGUAUUUCCACGGGUCGCCCUCGUUCCGUAGUUAAGUUCUUUCGCAUUUCUCGUAUUGUUUUUCGUGGAUUAGCAUCUCGAGGUCCUUUGAUGGGCAUUACAAAAUCCUCUUGGUAGCACAACAAAGGUUAUAGCUCCGAAGCUGGUACACAAGCAAGGGUUUUAGGUACAUUACCAUAUGGCUCCUGACCGAAAAGACCUAAUAGAGUAAUCCCAACUCUCGCAGCAGAGAUGAUAACAGCACGGGAAUCGAUUGGCUCUCCACCGAAUCAGACAUAGACUUCAAGCUGGGUAGUACUCUUGGAAAGAUAGAAGAUCACCCCGUGAACAACAUCUAAAGUGACGAAUGGCACCACCAAGACAUUAUUAACAAUUCUUUUUCCAUUGUCAGAGAACUCUUGUUCAUGUUCACGCCUACGUGCUGAGCCCACCAUUUAAGUCAGAGUCUGGGAGUGGGCCCCAUUACUAACACAACCAAAUAGGGUUCCAAAUGAGAAAGACCAAUAUGUUAUUCGUUUCGUUGGUAGAACCUACGCUCAUUUUACAAUAUGAUAGUUGAUUGACUCUCUCUCGUCCAAUAAAAAGCCAUAAUAGUAUAUCCGAGAGUCAAGUCACUUUCAACACUUCUGAUUCUCUCCUUUCCAAAGCUCCACAAGGCAAGCAAAAUACGUCAAGUAAUAGGAGUCGAAAUUCCAUAAGUAAUAGGACAUGACAUACUGUAGUAGCUUGGUUUGUUCAUUGGUCUUUCUUUCUUUUUGAGUUCUUUCUUAGUUUAGAUGGAAAUCGACGUUCUUUUCCAAAGUAGUAGGGCACUUCUUAAUUCAAGGCUUUUCUUUCAUAGGGUUCUCUUAAUGACUAGUCGUUUGAAGCCUUAAUCAAUCAAGUUUCCGUUUCUUUUGCUUGGCCCGUUGCCCAGUCACAGCCUCCUUCUCGCCCAAAUUGGAUUAAUGCAGGCAGCUUUUUUCUGAUUCAGGGCGCAGCGAAGCCCAUUUCUAUAUCAAGGCAAAGAGAUCAAAUAAGGGGAAGAGGAGUUUUCACGAAAGAAGAUAAAUGACUCUAAGGAACCAACGAUUCUCUAUUCUUAAACAACCCAUACCCUCCACACUUAACCAGCAUUUGAUAAAUUAUCCAACUCCGAGCAAUAUUAGUUAUUGGUGGGGUUUCGGUCCGUUAGCUGGUAUUUGUUUAGUGAUUCAGAUAGUAACUGGCGUUUUUUUAGCUAUGCAUUACACACCUCAUGUGGAUCUAGCUUUCAACAGCGUAGAACACAUUAUGAGAGAUGUUGAAGGUGGCUGGUUGCUCCGUUAUAUGCAUGCUAAUGGGGCAAGUAUGUUUCUCAUUGUGGUUCACCUUCAUAUUUUUCGUGGUCUAUAUUAUGCGAGUUAUUGCAGUCCUAGGGAAUUUGUUCGGUGUCUCGGAGUUGUCAUAUUCCUAUUAAUGAUUGUUACAGCUUUUAUAGGAUACGUACCACCUUGGGGUCAGAUGAGCUUUUGGGGAGCUACAGUAAUUACAAGCUUAGCUAGCGCCAUACCAGUAGUAGGAGAUACAAUAGUUACUUGGCUUUGGGGUGGUUUCUCCGUGGACAAUGCAACCUUAAAUCGUUUUUUUAGUCUCCAUUAUUUACUCCCCCUUAUUCUAGUAGGCGCCAGUCUUCUUCAUCUGGCCGCAUUGCAUCAAUAUGGAUCAAAUAAUCCAUUGGGUGUACAUUCUGAGAUGGAUAAAAUCACUUCUUACCCAUAUUUUUAUGUAAAGGAUCUAGUAGGUCGGGUAGCUUUUGCUAUCUUUUCUUCCAUUUGGAUUUUUUAUGCUCCUAAUGUUUUGGGGCAUCCCGAUAAUUAUAUACCUGCUAAUCCGAUGUCCACCCCGCCUCAUAUUGUGCCGGAAUGGUAUUUCCUACCGAUCCAUGCCAUUCUUCGCAGUAUACCCGACAAAUCCGGAGGUGUAGCCGCAAUAGCACCAGUUUUUAUAUCUCUGUUGGCUUUACCUUUUAUGAAAAAUAUGUUUAUUCGUAGUUCCAGUUUUCGCCCGAUUCACCAAGGAAUCUUUUGGUUGCUUUUGGCAGAUCGCUUAAUACUAGGUUGGAUCGGAUGUAAACCAGUGGAGGCACCAUUUGUGACUAUUGGACAAAUUCCUUCCUUUUUGUUCUUCUUGUUCUUUGCCAUAACGCCCAUUCUGGGACGGGUUGGAAGAGGUAUUCCAGAUUCUUACACGGAUGCAACUUGAUCAAACACCUGAUCAGUGCAUUUUUCUUACAACCAACAGUUUGCCAUUAACGAGUCCUUUGAGUAUAUUACACUAUGAAUUUACAAGCAGAUGAGUUU